UUUCCUGUCUCCGCCCACUGCACUGUUGUCUUGACAACAGUAUCAACUCGUUGCUAAAGACAAGUUAGCGCUAAUGAUAAUGAGAGCCACUGAGCCGCUAAGUCUAGACUUCAGUUGGUUGUUUCUCUGAAGGUACUGCACCGGUACAAAUUAGACAGGGUCGAGAAAAGCACAAGGCAGGAGACCUCCUGGACAGGGUGCCAACCCAUCAUAGAGCGCACACACACAGACACACACUACAGACAAUAUAGAGAUGCCAGUCAGCCUACAACACAUGUCUUUGGACUGGGGAAGGAAACCCCUGAAGCACAGGGAGAACACGCAAGCUCCACGCACACAGGGCAGAGGCGGAGUUAUGAAUGCACACAACGAGGUGAGGGUGUACGUCCGCACCAGACCCACAGCACAGUUUGCCCAAGAGCUCAUUGAAUGCUUGCCUGAUAAACAGACUGUGAACGUGCGUCAGAGAAAGAUUUCCAGGAAAGGGGUGCUGAAUAAUCAGAUGAGCUCUUGGUCUUUUCGGCUCAACGGGGUGCUGCACAACAUAUCACAGGAAGACGUCUAUCAACAGGUCGCACACAGUGUGGUGCUUGGAGCUCUGGAGGGAUACAAUGGCACGGUUAUGUGCUUUGGACAGACUGGGGCUGGAAAGACCUUCACAAUGACCGGUGCCACUGAGAGUUACAAACAACGAGGCAUCAUCCCUCGUGCCAUACAGGAGGUGUUCCAUGAGAUCGAUAAUCGUGUAGAUCACACCUUCUCUGUGCACCUCUCCUUUCUGGAGAUUUACAACGAGACUUUGGUGGACCUGCUAGCCUCAGUGAAAGGGGGACAGACGAAGCACUGCGGAACCAUGGCUGUGGUGGAAGAGCCAGAGGGCGGGGUUUCAGUAAAGGGCCUGUCCUUACAUCCUGUCCACAGAGAAGAGGAGGCACUAAACUUGCUAUUUGAGGGAGAGAUGAAUAAAAUAAUAGGAGAACAUGCCCUCAACAAGCACUCGUCCCGGUCACAUUGUAUCUUUACUGUCCACGUUGAGUCUCGCUCUCGGACACUCUCGAAUGCAACGUACAUCACGUCCAAACUCAACCUGGUGGAUCUCGCAGGUUCCGAGAGGUUGAGCAAAACUGGGUCUGAGGGUCAGGUGCAGAGAGAAGCCCUGUACAUUAACAAAUCUCUGUCCUUCCUGGAGCAGGCCAUCUUGGCCUUAGCUGACCGGCGCCGAGACCAUGUCCCCUUCAGACAAAGCAAGCUGACACAUGCUCUUAAAGAUUCUCUCGGUGGAAAUUGUAACACAGUGCUGGUGGCCAACAUUUACGGCGAGGCGGCACAGAUUGAUGAGACGCUCUCAACUCUCCGCUUUGCAGCCAGGAUGAAGUGUGUAUGCACUGAGCCAUCUGUCAACACGCACAUCGAUCCUGCUCUCCAGGUCCAAACACUGCAAAAGGAAAUCCAACUUCUGAAGCAGGAGCUUUCCUUUCACAACACACUGGCCAAUCAGGCUGCUGUGACAUACGAGGACCUGUCAGAGGCGCAGCUAGCGGUGGUAAAGAGUGAGGUUCAGAGUUACCUGGCCGGUACACUGGACGAGAUCACGAUUGUGAGCAUUCGACAAAUCCGGGCAGUGUUCGCCCAGUUUAAAAACGCUUUCCAGGAGCAGGAAAAGCAGCUUAAAGCGCAGAAGAGCAUUGUGGUUAAGAAUACUCCGAGCACGCUGUCCAUGUCUGAUGCUAAAGAGCCUGUAGAAGAGAUGGAGGGUGCAAACAGGCUCAGUGUGCCUGCAUCGUCACAGAGACAGUCUGUGUCACCCAGCAGUAGCAAAGGCAAGAAGGUCAAAGAGAGUAGCAGAAAAAAUGGUCAGGGUAGCACAGGCUCAGGCGAUCAUCUCACCAUGACGCAGAGUGAGACGGAGAUCCUCGUUCCUCCUAGUGCGGCUGAGACCAAGAAGAGUCCCAAAGAUGAUGCUAAGAAGAGAUGCGACACUCCUCCAUCCAAGAUGGAAGCAUUUGAGGUCUACAAGUCAGAGAGGGGCCAUGAGAUCAACCGCAUCCUGAAGGAAAACAAGUCUGUACUGAAAGAACGUCUGGCGCAACUCCACAACCUCACAGGGGUCAUUAACUCCAUUAAACGGGACAUUGACCACAUGCGCUCGGAACUCCAGCUGUAUAGAGAAGAGAGGCAGAGUCAGGGCCAGUUGGUGAGUGCAGACGGGGAGCCCGUGCUGGACGAGGCCGAGGUAACUCUGCUUAUAAAACUCCGAGGGGCCAAGGAUCAGUACAGGCAGAACCAUGAGGAACUGCUCAGCACCAAAGCCGAGGUGCAAUACUGCAGACAUCUUGUGGACCAGUGCCGCAUGCGCCUGUUCUCUGAGUUCGAGAGCUGGUACAACGAGUCCUUCCUGCUACCAGAUGAGGUUCUAGACAUCUUCAAAGAUGGGGGACCUAUUAGAGCAGGUUUGGUGCCUGUGGACAAAGCUUUGGCUUUGGUUAGUAACACUGCAAGAAUAGAGGGAGAUGAGCAGGAGCACACGGAGUUGCUUGCAGACAGUCCCAGUGCCACAUCCUUUUAUAAUGCAUAUAACAGGACAGUACAGAGGCGAGCACCUCAUUGUACUGUUUACAGGAAGAGCAGCAUGGGACCUGACACAGACAAGCUCAAAUCGCUUGCAGCUGUCACCCGAAGGGGGCGCUAACAUGAGCACUACAUCAUAUCUUGCCCAAAUAACUGUUGCUUACUUCCUUGUCUUGGCAGCGAUCGAAUUGUAUGGAAAGGAAGUGUGUAACUGUAAAAGACAUUAAUAUAUAAACUCACAUUUGAGACGGUGCUGAACUUGGAAAGAGAACUGAAGGUUAUAACAGAACGUCCUAAAGGUUAUAAACGUUUGACUCAAUAAAAUCCGUGCACAAUUAUGAGAACUGUUUAUCACGUGUAUUAGUUAUACUGUAAUGCCUUGUUAAAGGGAAGGGUUUAAAGCGCACCUAUUAUGGUUUUUCAGAUAUUAUCUUUCAUGUAGUGUGUGUAUAUAGAGCUGUUUGUGAAUGUAAAAAAUCUGCAAAGUUUCAAACAUCAAAGCGCACGACAAACAGAGUUAUCGACUCCCAAAAGAAGGAACCGAUGCUGAAACGAUUCGUUAGUGAUUCCAGACUUUACUUCCUGUACUAACCUACGUAGGUUUGUAACAAAAAGCCCCGCCUCUGGUCUUCAUCGGCUGCUCACCGAUAGCGACAAGUAGACCAAUCGCAACAGAGUGGGAUGUCUGACCAAUCAGAGCAGAGUAUGCUCUCUGAAAGGAGGAGUUUAGAAUGAAUCAUUGAACGAGUCGUUUGUGACACUAGGGGAAAAAAGUUAAUGCUGCAGUUUAAAUUAGGAGCACAUUAAAGUGUUUUUUGACCUCAGAUGCAUGUAAAUCUAUUGUACGAGAGCUUUAAGACAAAAUUAGGCACGUUUCAAAACCGUAAUAGGUGCACUUUAAAGUUUGUUAGUCCAUGUGAUUUACAUUCGUCCUCUUUUGUGACUGCACUAUUUUAUUCCUAUGAUCAAAAUUAUAUACAUGAAGUAACUACUCAUAAGAGGUCGCUU